GUCCUAGUUGGGGAAAGAGAAUGACAUGUUGCAAAAAUUUCCCAUUGCCACUCACAAUGGCGUCGUGGAAGUGAAGAUUUUCUCUUUUCUCGUUUUUUCCGGGACACUUUUCUCUUGUCCUGCGGGCCAUUUUAUUAUUCCCCAAAAGAAAUUUCCAACAAAUUUGGUGCAUUUUGUGAUAUAUUUUAGUGCAAUUUCCAAAAGAAAGACUUUUUUUUGUAUUCAGUGAGCCAAAAGCUCAUUUAAUCAAUUUUCCAUUUUCGGCUUUUCCUCUUACACACCGCAAGAAGACAAUUUUGAAUAAAUAAAUAAAUAAAGAAAAAAAACGUCCAACAAUGGGGCUCGUGUGAGAAAAGCUUGCGAAAAGAUGAAAGUACCGGACGAGCGCGCACACACACACAGGGGAGCCGCCAAAAUGUGUAAAGAGAGGCGCUAAAGAUCUCCUCCCCACAUAAAGCACAACACAGUCGUGUCCGGACAUUUGGGCUGUGCGGCUGAGGGAAACGAGUGUGUGUCCACAACCGGCUGUGGAGAAAUAUGGCUGAGAUUGUGUCCCCCACGUCGGCAGUGCCUCCGCCACCGCAGAGAAAAUCCACUCCUGACAUGAGUGAGGAGGAUGAAUUAGAUGCCUCUACGCACUCGCAGGUUCUUCAGCGCAUGAAGACAGACAGAGUGGCGGUUACACGGCCAGAGGAGGACCGAAGACGACGCACAAUUAUUGUGGAGAAAAAGAAUGGAUCGUAUGGGUUUACGCUUCAAAGUUAUGGGAUUCACUAUAAGAAGGAACAGGAGGUGGAGAUGAUCACAUAUGUGGAUUAUGUAGAGUACGAUGGUCCUGCAUACCGAGCAGGAAUGCGGGAAGGUGAUGUGAUCCUGUCAAUCAAUGGCACAGACAUGGAGAAGGCAGAUCACAAGACACUCGUGACAUUCAUAAAGGAAUGCGAUGCCCGGAUGCGCAUGGUGGUGUUGUUUGAGGAUUGUGUACGCAAAGUGGAGCUCCACAUGCGUUACCUGCAGCUGCAGAAUGUCCUCCAGGGGAAAAUGAGUGAGUUGGAGCGUAUUUGUCUGCGCGAGAGGGAGCUCCUCGAGGGUAAAUGGAAGACACACAGUUUGCCGGCGAGGAAGAAAGCCACUGCUGCGGGAGAAGAAGCUGUGGGUGAGGGAGAAAUGCUGGGCAAUCGUCCAACAUCCACGGAGGACGUUGGGGGAUUGGGGAAGCAGCAGCAGAAGAGCCAGCAGCAUGUUGGUCCACCACCGACGCAAAUGAUGCUCGCCUAUCGCUACCUCGAUCCACACUGUCGCUACAUUCUACGUCCAUCCGCCUCAACGGGCAGUGGGGAGUACUUGAUUAGUAUCGCCCCGGCUGGACCACCACCCCAACCGCAUCAGCAGCAGCAGCGUUGCCGAAGUCAGCAAUACUUGCGACGAGUGCCGUCAUCGGAUAACAACACAACAGCCUCAUCCCUUCCGGAGGAUAACACAACAAAACGCUCCCAGGCACAGCAGCAGGAGCAAAAGGCAAAGUCCAGUCGUCAUUGUCACGGCCAUUCGUGCAAUCCCUGCCAUUUUGGACGCAGCAAGACCACCACCAACAAUGGGGACAACGUGAGUCUCGAUGCCUACGACCUGGCUAGCCCGUGCUGUGAAGCUCAGUGCAUCCCGGUGCGUCGACGAUCGCGACAUCACAGCAAGGAUCACCAUCAGCAUAAGCACAAGCAUCGUAGCAAAGAGUCCAAGGAGAGACAUCAGCAGCGAACACAACCAGCUGCCCCACCAGCUCCACCACCCCAAUUUGCCAAUCAACCAAGAUACUACGACCUCAGUGCUGGCCUUGCAAGUCACUGCAGUUUGCACUCAUGCACAUCCAGUGAAUUCGCAGCAACAACAGUAGACGGAUCAGUGACAUCCUACACAACAUCCCUCAGCACAGACACCCUCUGGGAUCCACACAGUGACCCCUCACGUGGGCAUUCCCUCAAAUCCGGCGCCAAUCCCCGAACACGCACAAGUGUCUCGUACUACGCUCAACCCUCCCCGCAUCAGAGCUUCCCCACACGUUUCUAUCCCCAUGCUCAGGUGCAACCAGUUUCGGGCUACGGGUAUGCCGUGCAGAAGCCCAAAUCCUGGGAUAAUCUCACAACGAAGGGUGGAUAUGGCUUUGGCUAUGGCUACCUGGACACUGUGGCACCCAAAGUCAAUCAAAUACCCCCACAGCGGCAUUCAAUGCCCCGGAAGAUGACUCCGGCCUACGAGCGGUAUACAGCAUUCUCAGAUGUGGAGAACUAUGCACCGCCACCGUCCCAAUUUGUCCAGCAAACCACCACAACGACCACAACCAUUAGUCUCGUUGGCCCACCGCUGUGUGAGUGCCUCGAGGGUGCCACGGUGCCGAAGGGUGCCACAACCCAAGCUACAUCCCUCACUUCCGCCGCCGGCUACUACUCUAGCCUUCCCCCACGUGAUCCCACAAAAGCCCCACAAGCAGAGAUUACGCGCCUCUAGUGAGACUCCUUCCCCCAGCGCGUGUGCAUCCAACAACAACAAAAUAUUCUAGUCAUGAGAACAGAUCAACUGAGCAUUCCUAAUGUUUGAAAAAAAAAAAUGUUUGCCCCCCUGCCCUGCAACCCCCCUUGUUUAGUCUAUUCCCCCUUUCUAUUUAGACAAAAUGCCUAUAUAGCUAAAAUAUGUAAAACUCAAUUUAUUACAAUUUAUUAAAAUUAAUUAUUAAAUGUCCUUAUAGGAAAAAAAAA